GAAACUACAUAAGUGUAUGUGAAAGUGUUCAAUUCCUUUAUUUUCCCAUGGCAGGGAUGAUGAGGAUUGUGAGGAAGACAAGCAUAUCCCUAAAGAGCACUUGGAUUAAGUUCGAUGGAAAUGGUCUUCAUUCCUCACUUGAUAUGGACAAGUAUGAUCUCAUGCGUCGGGUUCACAUAGAUGCCCGUGAUUUCAGAAUUCUUGAUCCUCUUCUCUCUUACCCCUCUACCAUUCUAGGUCGAGAAAAGGCUAUUGUUCUUAACUUAGAGUAUAUCAAGGCAAUCAUCACUGCUAAUGAGGUGCUUUUGCUAGACUCAACGGAUCAAAAUGUGGUCUCUGUAGUUGAGGAACUAAAAAGGAGGUUAACUAUCACGGAAACAAAUCAAGGGGUCGGUCAAGACAAUACCGAACCCUUUGAAUUCAGGGCCCUCGAGGUAGUUUUGGAAGCAAUUUGUAGUUUCCUUGAUGCACGCACAACUGAACUUGAAAUGGAUGCUUAUCCCGCAUUGGAUGAACUUACCACCCAGAUAAGUAGCCGUAAUUUGGAAAGAGUUCGAAAAUUGAAGAAUACAAUGACGGGGCUGGUUGCCAGGGUUCAAAAGGUAAAAGAUGAGCUUGAACAGUUAAUGGACGAUGACGAUGGCAUGGCUGAUCUAUACUUAUCAAGAAAAUCAUCAGGCACAUUAUGUUGGUCUGCCACGGCCCCCACCAUAGAAUCAAAAUUAUCCAGUGCUAGUAAUAGAGCAAGUGUGGCACUUUAUCUCGGAGAUGAAAAUGAUGUGGAAGAGCUUGAAAUGUUACUGGAGCUACGAGGGUAUAUCGACGACACUGAAGAUUAUAUUAAUAUUCAUAUUGACAACCAUCGAAAUCGGCUGAUUCAGUUAGAGCUAUUUCUUUCCUCAGCAGACCUUUCUCUUUCAUUUUUAGCUUUGGUGUGUGGACUGUUUGGCAUGAGUAUUCCAUACACUUGGAAUCAAGACCAUGAUUACAUGUUCAAAUGGGUAGUUAUUUUUGCAGCAGCUUUUUCUGUUCUAAUAUUUCUCGUGGUAGUUACCUACGCUCGCAAAAGAGGAUUGCUUGGAUCUUGA